CGCUCGCUAGUCGCACAGUAGCGUCGCGUAAGCAGCCAAGCCUAGGCUACCGGCUAGCCGCGCGCUCCCAAGUCUCUGCCCCGCGACAGCGACGCCGGCGGGGCCGCGAGCGCUGGCUAUCUAUCUGCACCUACAGCUACAGCUUCCUAUAGAGAGAGGCGAGGAAGAGGAACGGGGGAGCGCGAGAUAGAGAGAGGCCACGCAUGCACGCCACCGCGCUCCAUUGGCCGCCCCGUUCCCAUCACCGUCGAUUAAACAACCUGCCUGCUCUAGCCACCCAGCCAGCCAGCCUGCCAGGAUCCAUCGCCGCAAGCUAAGCUAAGCUAGCCUGCCUAGCUCACCACACCUGCGCGCGCGCGAUCCCUUCCACUUCCCUUCCCUCCAGAUCGAGCUAGCGUGGCGAUGGAGGGGGACGAGGACGGAGACUGGAUGAUGGACCCGGUGCCGGGCGGCGGGAAGAAGGGCGGCGGCGCCGGGAUGAUGAAGAAGCGCUUUAGCGAGGAGCAGAUCAAGUCGCUCGAGUCCAUGUUCGCCACACAGACCAAGCUGGAGCCCCGCCAGAAGCUGCAGCUGGCCAGGGACCUCUCGCUGCAGCCGCGGCAGGUGGCCAUCUGGUUCCAGAACAAGCGCGCGAGGUGGAAGUCCAAGCAGCUCGAGCGACAGUACGCGGCCCUCCGGGACGACUACGACGCGCUCCUCGCCAGCUACGACCAGCUCAAGAAGGACAAGCUCGCGCUCCUCGACCAGCUGGAGAAGCUGGCGGAGAUGCUGCAGGAGCCGGGCCAUCGCGGGCGCGGCGACAAUGCCAACGCAGGCCCCGGGGAGGACGUGCGCUCGGCUGUCGCCGGCAUGAGCAUGAAGGAGGAGUUCGUCCUGGACGCCGGGGCGCCCAAGCUCUACUCGGCCUCAGACGGCGGAGGGGUGGGGAAGCUCUCCCUCUUCGGCGAGGAUGACGACGACGCGGGGCUCUUCCUUCGGCCCUCGUCGCACCUGCCACCGACGCACGACGGUGGCGGCGGCUUCACGGCGUCGGGGCCGGCCGAGUACCACCACCAGCCGCAGCAGCAGUCGUCGUUCCCGUUCCACUCGACCUGGCCGUCAUCGUCCACGGAGCAGACCUGCAGCAGCUCCCAAUGGUGGGAAUUCGAGUCCCUCAGCGAGUGAUCCAGCAAACACAAUCGUCGACGAUCAUGCAACCAUGCUGUUCAUGCCACAAUCUGCAAAGCUUAGAGAACCACUCCAUCAGGUUAUUCACAAACACGGAUACCGAGGAUGGAGAAGAUGAUGAUGCAAUCGAUGGUGGUGGUGUGGUGUGUACAUAGCUCGAAGGAAUCUCAGGUCUGUCCAGUCCAGACAGGUCCAUUCCAUCUCGAUCAGCAAGCAAUUUUUCUUUCCCCUCUUCCUCUUCGUUUGAUCUUGUUAAUUAUUACCACACCGUGUAGUAGACAAAACCAAAACUUAUAGAGAUGAGAUCGAAAUUCACAUGCAACGACGACAUAGCCAUGCA